AUGGUCCGUAAGGAGCCCUGUCCCAGCUAUAAAUUCUCAAAAAGGAAGAGAACAUGGUUAAUACUCGCAAUAACUUUGUCUACCAUUGUUUUGAUUAAAAUCAUCCAAUCACCGUCAUCGGAUCAACUCAGAACCACUGACUUCAUGAGACAGUGGUGUCGAAUAAGACAUAUGCGAGUGGACUGGGAACAAAUAUUAAAACCUUGCCGUGGGAACCUAGCCUGGGGUGUUUCAUUGCCGGGCUGGGAAGUGGAACACCGCACGGACCCCGAUGUGAGUUACAUUUCUAUGUGGGACAUUCGACCGUGUGGUGAAUUUAGCAGGUUCAGCAUCAGAACAGUGACGAGCAAUGGCCAGGAAAAGACAAUCGGAGGAGACUCGUGGCGGGUACAGCUCAAGGGCCCUGCCUCAGUUGCUGGGACUGUUUUUGAUCACAUGAAUGGGACCUAUGAAAUCGUGUUCCUUAUUACGGAGCCCGGUAAUUAUCAGGUAGAAGCGGUUUUGGAUCAUUCGCUUUGCAAUGGAUUUAGAGAUCCGCCUUCUGAAUGGUUUAUUGUUGGUAAGUCAAUCACUUCUAGUGCGGUUGUUGUUGUUGUCACCAAGUUGCCGAAUAAUUAUAAUAUUUGCAAUAUUAGCGCUCAAUAGCACAGCAUUAAUAUAUAUGAACAAUCAAACUGAAUUUCAUUGUUUUUUUAACCUUUAAUGUCUCUGGUGCUGUUAAUCAAUGAAAUUUAAAUUCCGAGAAAUUACUAAACCUAAAGAACAUUUUUCAAUCUUUCAAGAUUUUAACGCUCUCAGAUUUUCGUAGGAAUGAUCUAGCUGCAAGGAUUAAUUUUCACUUGAUCAUAUUAAGAAUAAGCGUAGCAAAAUUACAGUUAAGCAGACGCACGCAGCUAUCUUUUGAUAAUGCUAGAAAUCCGGUAGUUCUCAAUAAAAGAACCUAGAAGUAAGCCUCGUUGACCAAAAGAGGAUCACUCCAAGGUACAAAUAUCCCACACAGUACUCAUUCCAAACGGAAAAUUCCCCAUAGCUCUUUUGAUAAUCAAGAUAUCUAACCUACAGGUGAAGACAUUAUUUGUAACCCUAAUGUUGCUAGGAGACGCGGUAGCUGAAUAAUUAGCACGCUGGACUCCAGGUCGAGAGGUCUGGGCUACAAACCUUGUUGGGUCAAUGUGUCGUGUUCUUGAGCAAAACAGUUUACUCUCACAGUGCUUCUCUCUACCCAGGAGUAUUUUAAGGGAACCGGUACAUUUUCAGCGAAAACGUUUGACAAAUUUGAUACUUUGAAGGAAACGCUCAAGGCAAAAACCAACAAGAGGGAGUACUGGGACCCACUAAACGUAAAGCUGAACGGCCUUACAUUCUGAAGCCCCUGAGAUCUGGUAACCCUAUAUGGAUUACCAUACGUCCGAUGCCUCCUGGGAAACAGCCUCUAUAUCAAGGUGAGGCGAUACAUUAAAGCAUAGUGGCACGCUGCGUGAUCAAGGAAGUUACAUAUUGGUGGAAGGUUCUUUGGAAACCUUACUCUUGUUUAAUGGUUCAUUGUAAUUAGGGAGAGCAAUCUUCAAUGAUUAUUUAAAGGGAUGUAGAAGAAUCCUUGGUUUUGCUCCAUCGAGGAUUAUUUGACUCUUGAAUAAAGUUCUAAUUUACACACAAGUUUCUUCUUUCUGUUGGUGGUCGAGGAAACACAAAUUAUCUUCCUCAUCAAUCACACGUGAAACUAAAACCAUUCACGACUUGAUCACGUGCAUCGUUUCCCGCUCUUAAAGGUGCUUAAUUUUGUUUCAGUUCUCAAUAGCUCUUUGUGAUUCUCCCUUUUCAUCUGAUUGGCCAUUGCAAGGAUUUUAUUGCUUUGUAGCUGCAUUUCUAGUUCUAUUACUCCACCUGAGUGCUACCUUUUCAGAGCCAAAACAAAAAAUCGACGAGCUCUGAUUUGAUCUCAUUUCUUUUCAGUGGUGCAAACCGCAGCUUUCGACCUAACUUGUGGAAUUCACUGCAAAUUUCUUUGGGAUGGAUUUGGCAAUUGGGUCAAUGGUCGACAAGGGUCAGUCACAUGGCGGCCUUUCAUAGGAGGAGACGGUAAGAUGAAGACUCCUUUCCGGCUCUAACAUUUUCUGGGUUAUGUCACGCAUUCGUUCGCCUGUGUCACGCGUUUUUACACCAUGAUCACACAUUUGUAUUCCAUAGUCACCCCUACCUUUCUCACGGUCACGAGUUCUCACCUCAUUGUCGGUUUGUCACGCGUUCCUUCCUUACUAGUUCGUGUGUUUGGAACGCACGACGAAGCCUAGGGAUUGUCUAGAUGGGUAGCCAAUAGGAAACCGGAAUAGAUUCAAGAUACAAUCACAAAGACUCACCGUAGGUGUUGUGACAAAUUGCGAUAAAGCUACAUUAUAAUAAUUUCUCUUUAUGAGAAGGCAGUCUCUUUGUCGAUGGAAGUUGUUACUGACGUCUGAACAAACUGAGUGCAAGUCAUCAUCAUCGAGAAAACUGAAAGAGCAAAUUGUAUUUUCCAACGAAACAUCGUUGAGAGAACUAGUCUAACUGCUUCGUAUAAUUUUACUCCAGAUAAAGACAGGCGCAGUUCCUUAGAUCCUAGUCCUCUGCGGAGAGAUAGUGUGCUGUGGAUAUAUGGCGACUCGGUCAGUGAGCAGUUUUUCUGGGGAGUCAGGCCGAGACCGCUAUGCACUUACGUUUUCAAGUGGUGCGGGCACACGUACAACUGGAUAUAUCAGUUGAAAGGUGAUGAAGUUUAAUUCCAAUAUAUUUCAAAUUUCUACAAGAUUUCUUAGUAAGAUUUGGGGCUCGGUCACUCGGAAGGGGCUCACAUUUCCAAUGCUUUCUUUCUUUGUUGUUCGCAGGAAACAUUUCUUCUGCUAAAACCGCAGAUGACAAUCUCGAUUUUAAUUUUAUGAGAGUUGUUAGUGAACUUUUAGAUGUCAUAUCCAAACCAUUUUUUGACAAGAACAGUGUUAUCUUAUUUAAUGCCGGUCUACAUUACUUGGAGAGUACAAACUUCUCUAACUAUCAGAAGACAAUUGAGUCGCUAAUAAGACUCGUCCAAGAAACAAAGAUGGUGAAGAGGUCUGAUGGAAAUCUACUUUUUCCUGGAGAAAUGAUUUGGAGAACAACAACGGCCUUGAAUAAACAAAAACUUGACGGGAAACACAUUCAAGCUAGGAGAUUUUUAACAUACCAGGUAUGAAAUGUUCAUUUAUUAGGAGUACUUUCCUACAGAUGUUAUUCACUCGGAUAUAUCUUCCAUUUGUUUUUGACAAUAUUCGCAUCAAACACCAUUUUGUAUUAAUUUUUUGGAUCUACAUCAGUACCUGGGCAACUACCCGCCUACCCCUCCCCUAACCCAACAUUAACCCUAAAUUGUUAUCAAUUGACUGUUGUUGGGUUAGGGGAGGGGUAGGUGGCUAGAAGCCCAGAUACUGAUAUUGAUCCAAUUUUCUUUCUCAGCAGCGAGUUCUUCUCUUUAACGCUUUCGCCACCUCAGCAAUGUGUAGAGCCAAUGUCCCUGUCCUGGACGUUCAUCCGCUGACCGAUUCUUAUCCAUACGGGACGGGCACACCCUCCAGACCGAGAGACGCUGUGCAUUAUGAACAUUUCGUAUUCGAGUCGGCGGAGAGACUAUUGGAAGAUUAUUUUUACAGAACUUACAAGAGAGAAGGGUGACAAUUUUUGUCAACAGAUAGCUUGUAAUAAAAUCAUUUUCUUACCUGUAGUGUGCUGCCAUUUACAUUUCAUCGGAACCGGAACCGAAGAGUUAGAAAAAGAACAAAGCUAAUCGGAAAUAAUUGCAGAACCGUCUACAAUUAGACGGGACCGUUCGAAAUCAGACGGAACCGUCCAAGAUUGAAAUUAGACAGAGCAGAGCAUAAUACUUAUUUUUCUUCUAUUUUGUCAAGAAAGUGCUGUAGUACGCUUUGAUUUAUCAGCUUUUCUAGGAUUUAAAACAAAAUUUCUAACAACUCAUCCGUUAGAGUCGACAUUCUGGCAUAGUUUUUGUCGAACGGAUCUUAACACAAACUGCAAACUACCAGAACAAAUAAAGGAUUAUUUGUUUCCAAUUAUUUCUGAUGUGAAUAGAGCACCAAAACAGCGACUGGUACUAAAACAUCACGUGCUACGGAAAGAACCUUAUUAUAUUUUUCCAAGGUUAAAUCAAACAAAAAGACUACAGGGACGACAGAAAUUCAAUUCGUUUGACGAUCGUUUAAUCCCUACCGCAUGGAAUGAAGCCAUUUGAUGCUUUCUAGGGAAGAAGAAAUCAUACUUUUGAAUUAUCACAACAGAGGUUUGUCGACAAUAAUUUCAAAUCAGUUAAAAUUAUAUUUUUGCUGGUAUUACCGGUCGCAAUACAAGCGUGACUGAACAAAACAAAAGUAAUUUCACGUUUAGCGCUGAGAUAGUUAAUGAGGUUUCUUGAAGAACAGCCAUGAAGAUUAUUGCUUCGUUAGUAAUAGCAUUGAUGGCCAGAAUCUCGAUUAAAGCUGAAAGAAAGCUGCGAAACUUUAAAAGUCGGUUUCUCUAUUUUGCCUUAAUCUUUGUUCCAGUUGCUCUAAGAUUAUUUUUGGAGGGUUACGAGUCAGGAAUCUUGAAAAUUGUGCAAUUUAAGCAUUGGGAUCUUUGUUAUUAUCAUAGUUUUAUUCCACAAAAUGAACCCGAGAUCAGGUUGCCAGAAGUCGAGUGUCUUCAGAAAGAACCAAUGAGCCGAGUGUUAAUUCUUAUCGUCUCAAGAAGCAAUAUCCGUGUCUGAAUAAAAAUAAUUAAGACCUUUUUUCCCCUAACAUCAACAGGCAUAUUCUCCAUACUGCUCUCUAAACAUUUUCUAAGGUGCUGACAAGGAGAGUCGGUUUAACAAUCAAGAGCUUCUUAAAUUGGCCGUCAUUUCAUUUAUUCUCAUGACCAUAAUAUGUUAUUCUGAGGUGAAGCGGUGAGGAGAAAGUUCGCGCUAGUCUUUUCCAAACUAUAAUGAUAGUUUCCUUGAAGAAAGUCGCGAGAAUAACUGUCAUUGAUCGCGUUCACGAACCUCCUACUGUUAAUUAAUUGUUUUGUGGUUCUGUUUACUAUUUUGUACAACAAAACUUUUCCUUAAUAGACAUUGUGUCUAUGAGCCGUUAGCCAUGCAUUAUCGUUAGUUUCUGGCUCAUUUCUGUUCAUUUAUCCUAGGCUCCUCUCAUGUUCAAAUCGCUCUUAGUUUUCAAGAGUGCUUUCUAUGACCGAGUCUCGCAGAGAUGUUGAUGUUUAUCUGGAACAGCGUGACGAACAAACCUAUGCUAACAGCGCAUUCCAGAAUGCAUUUUAUGCAUUUCUCCGCUGCCCUCCAGAUUGGCGGCGCAACCUCACCCGAUUCUGCGCUUCGGCCCAAAUUCUCCUGACAAGAGGCAGAACUUUACGAAGUUUACCGAGGGUGUUUAUACUGCGCAGAGCAUUUUUUCUCUUUUGGAUAUUAACAGUUAUCCUGUUCGUGUGCCUCAAGUGGUAUUUUCCCUUAUAUCUGACGAGCACGGUAAAUCGCAACAGUUUAGAGGAGUUCAAGUGGGACUGGUGUCGAGUGCGAAGGGUUUCGAUAAACUGGGAAUUACUAAGAUCCCCUUGUGAAGGGAACACCAAAUUUGGUAGAAGUCUACCUGGUUGGGGGAUUGAAAACAGGACUGACCCGAGGCAAAGCUUUAUUCCUUAUAUGGAUAUCAGACCUGCAGGCGAGUUUAGUAGGUUCAGUAUUCAGUCCCAAACGUCCAGUGGCCAACCUAAGGCUAUCGGGGGUGACGAUUGGCGGGUUCUUAUAUGGGGCCCAUCAGUACUGGCACCGACAGUGAUUGAUCACAAAAAUGGAACGUACGAGGUGUUGUUUCUUAUACUGGAGCCUGGUACCUACUCUGGAUUGAUUGUUUUGGAUUACUCCCUGUGCGACGGAAUGAAAAAUCCACCUGAAUACUGGUUUAUGAUUGGUAAGUUGUGGUAGACGAUUGUUUUCUAUGAAUCGUAAAGAAUUUCUGAGAACCUCAAAAAAAAAUUAUCUUAUGACAUGGUUCCCGGAAUCCUCUCAAGGAAGAAAAGCGAUCAAAGGUCUAAGUGAGCGAACGUUGUUUUGGCUAAGAGGUAUGCUUUCAGGCUCUCAGAACAAAGAUGUGUUAUUUCACUUAUUGGAGCUAUAACCAGCCACGGACGUUUGUUAUUCACGGUGUUUUAAAACUGUGUUUCCUUUUUCGUAGAGCUACAAAUGAAAUGGUCAGUCAACAGGACACCUUUUAUCGGAAAAAGCUUUGUGUUCAGAGAGUCUCAAGUUUUCCUUUCUCCCAUUUGUUUCCUUUCCAGAUUUUAUUUGAAGCAUUUUAUACUAUUGUUUUACCUGAGAGAGAUUUUGUGUAUGUUUCCUUUCAAAUUUUGCGUGAGAAGUCGGUGAAAAUUGAUCAACUCGCGCUUGUUCGACGCUUAGCCGCCGUGUUCCCUCGGGAGCUGGGGGGUUGCCCUGGUUAUGAAUACAUCGAUCAGGAGUUACAGUCUGAGCGGGAAAGAUUUAGUUCGUUUCUCUCUUUGUCCAUCAGGAAAUAUCCAUGGAAACGGGCAACCACACGGGACCCUAAUGGAACCCUACGUCUAUUUGCAAACUCCCCUUUGGGAAGGAAUACCGCUAACAAUAGAAGUGGCGUCACCGGUUGGUCCUACAAGAUAUGAAGGUAGCACACCUCUCAUCACCUAGGUCGGCCCCGAGUUAUUCUGAGAGGGUAAUUUAUUGUUAACAACUGAGUUGAAAACGCAAAUUGGCCACCGUAAAGAGUAAAAAAACCGACGAGCGUCUAUCGCUCUGACGAAGGGCUAACGAUCGAAACGUCAGCUAUUUUACUCUUUACGGUGGCCAAUUUACGUUUUAAACUCAGUUGUUAACACUAAAUUACCUGCUAUACUCUCCCACCGACGCAGCACCACAGUUUCUUUAGAAACUUACCCCCUUAUUCCGAGAGGGGAUUGGCACGAAUCCAGGUUUUAAUUCCAUGGGAAAAACUUUCAUAGGGUGAAACCACACGUAGGUGGGGGUGAGAGUUCAUGGACUGGAUUACGCGCACUUAACUAAUUGGAGCAAAUUCCCAUAAAACAUUCGGGAGAAAUCUGAUAUUGUUACAGUCAAAAGAAAAAAAGAACGCUCGCACCACUUUCAUAUUCAAUCAGAUUCAAAAUUAAACCAAUUGCGACUUGUUCACCAGCGCUUUCCUGCGAUUAAGACAAUUUGCUUGUUUUGACUUUGAGUUCUCAUUGGCUCUCCGCGAUAUUUUCCUUCUUCUGAUUGGCUGUCGUGAUAACUUUAAUUUUGGUUUUCAAACACUAAAUCAAAAAUCGCAACUGGUCAGUUUUGGAAAAUAUGGAAAAACCCUUCCCAAUUUCAAGUAUGUUUAGUUAGAAAAUUUUUAAAGGGAAGUUUACGUUUUUGACGAUCAAUAUGUUAUCUCAAACCUGCUAUAGACUAAAAAGUUAAAAUAUAUUUUUAAUGUGUGUUUAGUUGUGAUCAACACUCUUUUGGAAUAUCUCAAUACUCAAUUAUCAAUCUUUUAGCUUUUUGGACAAAUUCUAACGUCGUUUCACGCUUUCAGAAUUUCUCAGUUAUGGAUUUGGUAAUCCUCCUUCUUGCGGGGAGGAUUGCAAAUUCUUAUGGGAUGGCUUCGGCCGCUGGUCUAACGGAACCUGGAAACCACAAGUGGAAGGUAAUGCAGGUCGUUUCACCAAUAUACAGCAAGGGGAUCAAACCAGAGGCAUACGUUUUCGGAAACUUCAUUCUUUCUUAUAGUCCGAUCAAAUUUACUUACCAGCCGCUAGUAUUAAAUCGCUGAAGACUUCACAUGGAAGAAAUCAUUACUUGAAGGAAUCAGGCUGCAACACAUUCAGAGUUAAAGUAAAAAGAUUUUUCAAAAUAUGACAAAAUGUAAAGCCGAUCUUGCUCGUGAAAAUUUAUUUGCAUCAAAAUAGAAUUCAAAGCAUUUUCACGUCAAAGAUCUCCCACUUCUCCUCGUUUUGAAACAAAUGCGCAUGCCUCAGAGAUCUCGAAAAUAGCUUAAUGUGAAAUAGGGUGUUCUUUCAAUUUCUACAGGUUUGUGGACGAAACAUUCUCCAAGGAACCGCGAGGGUAUACUGUGGGUCUAUGGAGAUUCAAAUGCGGGUCGGUUUUAUCGCUCUAUCCGCCAAACUCCGCUGUGUAGAACGGUUUUCCGCGCUUGCAGUUUCUCGUACAACUGGAUUUAUCCAAUUAAAAACGCUACAGUGGAAAUGCAGCAACAAAAUUUCCUACCAAUAAAUGUGUCCCGAGUGUUGGACGCCAUUGCGAAAGUAAUUCAUCUGCCACAAAUGAACAACGAGAAAAGUGUCAUUCUCUUAAAUCAUGGUCUGCAUUUUAUGACUUCGACAAACUUCACAACAUACCGCGAGGUUGUCGACGGAAUAGUAGAUUUGUUUAAAGAGACAAGGACAGACAACAAAGGAAAAGAACUAAAGUUCCGAGGGAAAGUUAUUUGGAAGACAACCUCUGCUAUUCACCGCGAAAGGUUAAGAUAUCCCCAUCAUCACAAGCGAAGAUUUUUAACUCGUCAGGUACGUCCAUUGUGUAAUUUCUGUAAUGUUGAAUUUAACAAUUUGCGCUCGAGAUCAAUUUGAAAUACGUGGUUAAGUGAGUUGAAUGAUCGGCAAAAAUCAAACACUAAUGAAAUUUUAAUGGUAGCUACCAGACCGCGCGCAAAAUUAUAUGUUUGUGUUUACUCUUUGUGACUGAGUAAAUCAAUGGCGAGUUCUAUUGAACGUUGAGCGAGGUCGGGUUCAAAAGACCAAAAUUCAACCAGUUACCACUACAUGGUAUAUGAUCGAUAGAAACGUGCACAAGCGUGGAAACAGUCUCGCGGAGAUUCGUCGCCUGUUGUGUGCAUACCAGGAAUUGUACGCCUAAAUUCAUAUUCAAAAUCGAAUUACGCUUCGUGUAACGCAUCGAUCAAAUGUUAAGUAUGAACAAAUUGAUUCUACGGAUUUUCUACGCCGAAAAAAAAUCAUGAAACAAAGUAAGGGAAAGGGAAACCUUAAAAUUUUUCGAACGCGAAGUUUAUUUAAUUACAGUUGUUCUGUUGAUCCCUUUUGCUCAGGGUUUUACCAAAAAGCUACACGUUUUUAAAACAGUAUGAAUUACUGGUUUUUCAAUUAUCUUAAGUUUCAAUGACAAUUUUUGGCCGCCUCUUAGCCUUUUCAACUUCCGUACAAGCACAGACGUUUGACCGCUGCGUUCCUUUCUUCUAAAGAAUGUAGUUCGAUAUAAUGUGAACCCUGAAAAUGAUCAGUUGAGUAAAACUGCCAGGAAGCAUUGUCAGAUAACUUGGAAAUUCUCUCUUUCAAAUUUACACCCUCUAGCGGGUUCAACUGUACAACGCUUACUCCACCUGGGCUAUGUGUCAAGCUGGUUUUGAGGUACUUGAUGUGUACCCAAUUAGUGCGUCUUUUCCGAACGGAACCGACAACAGCUUGGAUCCUUACGAUGCCGUCCACUACAAGGAUUUGGUGUUCAAGCCCGCGGAACACAUUCUUCUCGAAUACUUCAGCCCUCGGUGGACAACAGUCAAUAACACAAACAGAGAAGUGUGA